GGAUAUCACAUGCAAACAAUUGUAAAAAAAAAGAGUUACAGGAUUUAUUUAUUUUUUCCUCAUUUUUAAUCCUUUUCCUCUCUCUAUUUUUUUAUAGUCUUAUUUCUUCAUAAAUGAUAUCAACAUCAGCAUCAUUGUAUGUGUCCCAGAUAAGAUUUUGUCGAGCUUUAGCUGUAGUUCGCUCUUUACCAACAGAAUCUGAUAGAGAAUUUCAACCGUCAGUAGCUGACAAGUUACAAUUUUACAGUCUUUACAAACAAGCUCUUGUAGGUGAUUGUAUGUUACUUAAACCAUCAUCAAAAAAUAUUGUACAUUAUAUAAAAUGGAAAGCCUGGAAAAAGCUUAGAUGAAUAAGUCCAAUUGAUGCCCAAAUGAUGUAUAUCGAAGCACUUAAAGAUCUUUUACAAAAGUUUAUUAUUCAAUAUCCUUUUUCUAAGCUUACAGAAAGCCUAGUG